UUUUCAUCGUCCUCAUCAUUAUCUCUCUCACUAUCUUUCAGAUUCAGAAACUUUCAAUUUCAGAGAAACUAAAGGUUGAUUGAAAAUGUCGGGACGUGGAAAGGGAGGAAAAGGAUUAGGAAAGGGAGGAGCAAAACGACAUCGUAAAGUCCUCCGUGAUAACAUCCAAGGUAUCACAAAGCCAGCAAUUAGGCGUUUGGCUCGUAGAGGAGGAGUGAAGCGUAUCAGUGGUCUCAUCUAUGAGGAGACACGUGGCGUGCUCAAGAUCUUUUUGGAGAACGUCAUUCGUGAUGCUGUUACUUACACUGAGCACGCAAGGAGAAAGACCGUGACUGCUAUGGAUGUCGUGUAUGCUCUUAAGAGACAGGGAAGAACUUUGUAUGGAUUUGGAGGUUAUGGUUACCUACUGGUGAUAGGGUUCUUUUGCACUAGUAUUGCUCGCCUUUGUAAGCUGAAUUUGGUAGAUGCUUGUUUCAGUACUUCUGAAAUUUGCUCUAUUUCAAUGAAUAUGAUUGACUGGUUCAGAUUGAAGAUGUCAGGACGUGGAAAGGGAGGAAAGGGAUUAGGAAAGGGAGGGGCAAAACGACACCGUAAAGUCCUCCGUGAUAACAUCCAAGGUAUCACAAAGCCAGCAAUCAGGCGUUUGGCACGUAGAGGAGGAGUGAAGCGUAUCAGUGGGUUGAUCUACGAGGAGACACGUGGCGUGCUGAAGAUCUUUCUGGAAAAUGUGAUUCGUGAUGCUGUAACUUACACUGAGCACGCUAGGAGGAAGACGGUUACUGCUAUGGAUGUUGUGUACGCGCUCAAGAGGCAAGGCCGUACUCUCUAUGGUUUUGGUGGUUAGAAUAUUGGAAUUAAUUAAUGUUGGUUUUACGUUUAAUGUAAUUAUGUUCUUAUAAGAGUAGUUUUUGCAAGAAUGGUGUUGCUUAAAUUAAUGAAAUUGCACUACUUUUUUCUUA